AAAUGGCAGACGUACCAGAUAAUGCACCUGAGCACUGCCCGGGUACAGGCAGCGAGGCAGCAGGGAAGUCUUCGUCAUGUGAGGGCUGUCCCAACCAGAAGAUAUGUGCUUCCGGAGCCACCACGGCCCCCGAUCCCGCCAUCGCGGAGAUCGGAGCGAAGAUGUCAACGGUCAAACACAAGAUCCUCGUGCUGUCCGGAAAAGGAGGCGUGGGGAAGAGCACCUUCAGCGCUCACCUGGCUCACGCUCUGGCUGCUGACGGCACGAAGGAGGUCGCCCUGCUGGACGUGGACAUCUGCGGUCCAUCCAUACCGAGGAUCAUGGGCGUGGAGGGGGAGCAGGUUCACCAGAGUGGCUCCGGCUGGUCCCCGGUGUAUGUGGAAGACAACCUGGCAGUCAUGUCUAUUGGCUUCCUGCUCACUAGCCCCGAUGAUGCUGUGAUCUGGAGAGGACCCAAGAAGAAUGGGAUGAUCAAGCAGUUUCUGAGGGACGUCGACUGGGGGGAGCUGGAUUACCUCAUCGUGGACACGCCCCCCGGCACCUCUGACGAACACCUGUCGCUCGUCCAGUACCUGAGCUCCACCCACGUGGAUGGAGCCGUCAUCGUCACCACGCCACAGGAGGUGGCGUUGCAGGACGUGCGGAAGGAGAUCCGCUUCUGUCAGAAGGUCAAGCUGCCGAUCAUCGGCGUGGUGGAGAACAUGAGCGGCUUCGUCUGCCCCAAGUGCAAGAACACAUCGCAGAUCUUCCCUCCCACCAGCGGGGGCGCCGAGCGCAUGUGUGCGGACCUGGACCUCCGCCUGCUGGGGAAGAUUCCUCUGGACCCGAGGAUCGCGCGGAGCUGCGACGAGGGCAAGUCGUUCCUCGCCGAGGUCCCCGACUCGCCCGCUGCGCGGGUUUACCAGAGCAUCGUGCAGAGUAUUCAGGACUACUGCUCCAAGCGUGCGACGGAGGAGCAAAGCGACACCUGAAGCCGCUCCGAUGGCGGCCAUGUUGGACCAGAACACCGAGAGAGAUCACAUGACGAGAGAGAGACCACAUGACGAGAGAGACCACAUGACGAGAGAGAGAUCACAUGACGAGAGAGACGACAUGACGAGAGAUCACAUGACGAGAGAGAGAUCACAUGACGAGAGAGAGACCACAUGACGAGAGAGAUCACAUGACGAGAGAGAGACCACAUGA